UAGCUGCUUCUCUCUCUGUCUCUUUGAAUUUUGAUGACCGAGCACCUCACGGGGCGGAUCUAAGUGUAAGACAAUCAAAGUUUCCGACCGUGACGCCCUUGAAGACCAAGUCUGAUUCUCUUUACACCAUUAUCAUUUCCAAAAAUAUCCGGGGGCUUAAUUUUAGGAUUUGCAUCAUUUCGCCAUUAAUGUCUGCGUUGCAUGCAUUCCGCCAUGAAGUUAUGCGAGACAAGCCUGUUGAUAUUUCAUAUGUUGGAAUUUCGAGAACAAGGUUGAUAUCACCCCUUUGUCGGAGAGAAAUUGCUGUUCUCGUUCAAAAUGCCAUCGUCUUUCUUCGUUGGGUUAUGCCUACUUUUCAUUAUCAUCUGGAUCUUCUACACAUUUUUUUCUACACUUUUGACUUUCAUCUUGAGCCAAACCUUGGGAGCAUCUGUUGGAUUUCAUAUUGGAAGAUGGAAUUGUUUAAGAGAUGUGGCGUUGAAGUUUAAAAAGGGUGCUGUUGAAUCUGUAUACAUUGGUGAAAUUAAACUCAGCUUAUGCUGGGCGAGUUGUUUUUCCCUUCCAAAGUUGCAAGUAUUACUCUGUGACUUAAAAUGUGUUUUGAGGUCUUCAAACAAAAGCCAUGGAAAAACAAAAAGAAGGAAAUCCCGUUCUUCAUCCCAAUCUUCAGGCAAGAGAAAAUGGAUGAUGGUUGUCGCCAAUAUUGCAAGAUAUCUGUCACUUUGUGUGAGAAGUGUGGUUCUGAAGACACCAAAAGUGACUGUUGAAAUCAAGGAAUUGAAUGUGGAUGUAACAAGAGAUUGCAGAUCCCAGUCAAAUUUAUUCUUUAGGAUAAAUUUAGGACUGAUUCAUGUUCAUCAGUGCAUUAGUGGCAACCAAUCAUCCGAUACUAGUGCUGGAGAAUGCAGUUCAUCAGGCCAAUCAUCCAUUGCCACAACAGAAAUGUCUUCUGCUCCUUUUGUCUGUGAGCAAUUCUCCAUCUUGUGUGAAUUUGGGUGUGAUAGGGAAGUGGGCAUUACUAUUAAGAAUGUGGGCAUCGCCAUGGGAGAAGUUGCUGUGAAUUUGAAUGAGGAUGUUUUUUUGAAAAGAAAGAGUUCAGGGGAAUCUUUUCCGGGCUCCAAUGAUAUUAUACAGUCAAGUGAUGAUUCUGUGGCCACAAAUAAACUGUCAAAGAACCAGAAAGCUCUUGCUGCAAUUUCCAAAUACGCGAUGAUGUUUCCUGAAAAGGUCAGCUUCAAUUUACCAAAGCUGGAUGUGAAAUUUGGGCAUCGUGAACAUGGUCUUUCUGUUGAGAAUAAUGUCAUUGGAAUGCAAUUGGAAACCACUAAAUUUCGAUCUGCUUCCAACAAUGGAGAUUGUACACGCCUUGAUUUUAAACUGGAGUUUAGUGAAAUUCAUCUUCUCAGAGAAGUUGGUUCUUCCUUCCUGGAGUUAUUGAAGUUAGACGUGGUUCUUUUUGCACAUGUCCCAGUACAGCCCAUCUUGCCUGUUAGAGCUGAAACUAAAAUUAAGCUAGGGGGUACAAAAUGCAACAUAUUAUUGAGCAUGUUAAAACCUUGGGUGGUUCUUCAUUCAGCAAAGAAGAAAAGAAUGGUUCUUGGGGAAGAAGCUUCUAAAGUUGUUAAGCCACAAUCAAGUAGGGCAGAUGAAAAGUCAACAAAUCAGGAUAUCAAGACCAUUGUGUGGACGUGCAAUUUUUCAGCUCCGGACAUGACAUUGAUGCUUUUCAAUAUGGCUGGUUCACCAGUAUAUCACGGCUGCUUACAAUCAUUAGAGCUGUUUGCAAACAAUGUAAACGCUGGGACUACAGUAAACAUCAAUCUUGGUGAGCUAAAUUUGCACUUGGCUGACGAAUAUGAAAAAUGCAUGAAAGAAGGCAUUUUCGAUGUGGAGUCUAGCUCUGACUCCAUUAUGCACAUAGCGAAGGUUAGUUUGGAUUGGGGUAAAAAUGACACAGAAUCCUCUGAGGAUGGUUCCAAGGGUAGGUUAGGUUUCUCUGUUUUAGUGACCCAUAUGGCAGUUUACCUAACUCUCAAGCGUGUAGAAUCACUUGUAUCAACGGCAUUAUCCUUUCAAGCUCUACUUAAAAACCUAUCUGGCUCAAAGAAAAGAAGUGAGAGCCCUGGGCAUUCAUCAAAAUCUUCAGGAAAGGGAAUUCAAAUGCUGAAGGUUAAUUUUGAGUACUGUUCAUUGUAUGUUUGUAGUGAGACAGGCUUAGAAAAUACAAGUGUUUCAGAUCCCAAGCGAGUUAAUUAUGGUUCACAGGGUGGUAGAGUUAUAAUUAGCAUGUCAGCGGAUGGUACCCCACGCAAUGCACAAAUAAUGUCCACAAUUGCAAGUGAAUAUCAGAAACUGAAGUUCUCUGUUUCUCUUGAAAUCUUUCAUUUAACUUUGUGCGUGAACAAGGAGAAACAGUCCAAACAGUUGGAACUUGAAAGAGCGAGAUCUAUCUAUCAGGAAUAUAUGGAGGAAAGCAGGCCUGUUACAAAGGUUGCAUUGUUUGAGAUGCAAAAUUCUAAAUUUGUCCAGCGUUCAGGUGGCCAUAAAGAGAUUGCUGUCUUCUCUCUUUUUAGUGCUACUGAUAUUACAGUGAGGUGGGAGCCUGAUGUACAUCUAUCACUAAUUGAACUUGUCCUGCAGCUGAAGUUACUGGUACACAAUAGGAAGCUUCAGGAGCUUGGGAAUCAACACAUGGAGGGUGCAUCAAAUGGUGGAGAUGCUAUUUCAAAGAGUGAAAUGGAAUCAGGACAUCUUGAGAAGAAGAAAAAGAAAGAAAAUAUUUUUGCUAUUGAUGUGGAACUGUUGAACGUAUCUGCUGAGCUAGGAGAUGGAGUUGAUGCCAGUAUUCAGAUUCAAUCAAUUUUCUCUGAGAAUGCUCGGAUAGGAGUGCUCCUUGAAGGUCUUAUGUUUAGCUUCAAUGGGGCCAGAAUCUUCAAGAGUAGCCGCACACAAAUUUCACGAAUUCCUAGAGUUGCUGCAAGUGAAACUGACGCAAAAGGGGCUGUAAUCACAAUAUGGGACUUUGUAAUUCAAGGUCUUCAUUGUCAUGUUUGCAUGCCACACAGAUUGGAACUUCGUGCUAUUGAUGAUGCUCUUGAGGAUAUGUUACGAGCUCUAAAGCUCAUUAUUGCUGCUAAAACUAAUAUUAUUUUCCCUGUGAAGAAGGAAAGUUCUAAAGUUAAAAAACCUAGUUCAAAUAAACUUGGAUGCAUAAAAUUUUGCAUACGUAAGUUGACUGCUGAUAUUGAAGAAGAACCGAUCCAGGGAUGGCUUGAUGAACACUAUCAGCUUUUGAAAAAGGAGGCCAGUGAGCUAGCUGUUCGGUUGAACUUUCUGGAUGAAUAUAUAUCAAAGGCCAAGCAAGGAUCAAAACCUACUGAUGCCAAUAACUCUUGUCAAGAAAGGAAGAUUUACUUUAAUGACAUUGAGAUUGAUAUGAAAGAUUCUUCAACUAUUCAAUUCUUGAGAGAAGAAAUGUAUAAGCAGUCAUUCCAAUCAUAUUACAAGGCAUGUCAGAACCUAGUCUUAUCGGAAGGAUCGGGUGCAUGCAGAGAUGGGUUCCAAGCCGGUUUCAAGCCUAGCACUUCAAGGGGGUCUCUUCUCACAAUAUGCUUGCUGGACUUGAAUUUGAGCUUGACAGAAAUUGAUGGUGGAGAUGAUGGGAUGAUUGAGGUUCUGAAGGAGCUUGAUCCUAUCUGUCGUGAAAAUGAUAUUCCAUUUUCCCGACUGUAUGGGGGAAAUAUUCUCUUAAAUGUGGGUUCUCUUGUGGCAAAUCUUCGGAAUUACACACUACCUCUUUUUUCUGGAAGUACUGGUAAAUGUGAAGGUUGCCUUGUGUUGGCACAGCAGGCAACUUGCUUUCAACCUCAAAUUUCUCAAGAUGUCUAUGUUGGGAGAUGGAGGAAAGUGAGCAUGCUUCGAUCGGCUAGCGGUACAACUCCACCAAUGAAGACAUACAUGGAUUUACCCAUACAUUUUCAGAAAGGAGAAGCAUCAUUUGGAGUAGGUCAUGAACCAGUUUUAGCUGAUGUAAGUUAUGCUUUUACUGUGGCCCUUCGGAGGGCAAAUCUAAGCGUUAGGAAUCCAGGCCCACUUAUUUUGCCUCCAAAAAAGGAGAAGAGUUUGCCGUGGUGGGAUGACAUGAGAAAUUACAUUCAUGGAAAAUCUUCCUUGUGCUUUUCCGAAUUAAAAUUGAAUGUUUUGGCAAGUACAGAUCCUUAUGAAGAGCAUGACAAACUCCAAGUUGUGACUGGACCUAUUGAAAUUCACCAGUCUGAUGGUCGUAUAUUUGUAUAUUCCAAGGAUUUUAAGGUAUUAGUGAGUAGUUUGGAGAGUUUGGCUAAUGGGCAGGGUUUUCAGCUUCCAGCAGGUGUUUCUGGUGCAUUUCUGGAAGCCCCAGUCUUCACUCUUGAAGUUACCAUGGACUGGGGUUGUGAUUCUGGCACUCCCCUAAAUCAUUAUUUAUUUGCACUACCAGUUGAGGGGAAGCUUCGUGACAAAGUAUUUGAUCCCUUUAGAUCAACUUCUCUUUCCCUCCGCUUGAACUUCUCUCUUAAAGGCUUGAAUCCUUCACCAGAUCAAUCCCCACCUUCCACUGCUAGAGACGGUGCUGAAGGAGAUUAUCCUGUAAAUGAUCCUCUGCAAAAAACCCAGAAUGCUUCACCACCUUCGCCAACAGUGAAUGUUGGUGCUUAUGAUCUGGCAUGGAUUACUAAAUUCUGGAACUUGAACUUCAUCCCUCCACACAAAUUGCGUAUGUUCUCUCGUUUUCCUCGUUUUGGAAUCCCAAGAUUUAUUAGGUCAGGUAAUUUGUCAUUAGAUAGAGUGAUGACUGAGUUUAUGAUACGCUUAGAUGCUACACCAACCUGUAUAAAGCACAUGCCUUUUGACGAUGAUGAUCCAGCCAAAGGGUUGACUGUAACAAUGACAAAGAUGAAGUUUGAGCACUGUAGUGGUAGAGGCAGGCAAAAGUAUACUUUCGAAAGCAAACGUGACAUUCUUGAACCUGUUUACCUAGGAAUUGAUCUUCAUAUGCCCCAGGCAUUUCUAAGUAGAGAAGACUGUCCGAGUAUUGCAAAUGCAAUUAACAUGACACAGAAAAGCUCACAUUCAGCAUCUGUGGACAAAAGCCUCUCUGAAAAAGGUUGCAUGCAGAAAAGCUGUGGUGAUGGAUUUUUGUUGUCCUCCGAUUACUUUACUAUCAGAAAACAGUCCCCAAAGGCUGAUCCUGUUAGUUUACUAGCCUGGCAAGAGGCAGGAAGAAAAAAUGUUGAGAAGACGAAUAUACCAUCUAGGUUUGAAAAUGGAGGUGAAAGUGAGCAUAUGCUGUCUGACCCAAGUGAUGAUGACGGGUACAAUGUGAUUGUAGCUGACAACUGUCAGCGUGUGUUUGUAUAUGGUCUCAAGCUUUUAUGGAAUAUUGAGAACAGAGAUGCUAUUUUGUCCUUUGUUGGUGGCCUAUCCAAAGCCUUUGGACCUCCCAAGCCCUCGCCUUCUCGGCAGUAUGCCCAGAGGAGAUUACUUGAGGGAAACAAAAAGAAUGAUGGGGCUGAAACCUAUCAAUCUGAUGAUGGUAAGAACUCUCUCCCUGGGAGCACUGCUGAUUGUUCCUCUUCUCAAGAUACACAGACUUCUGGAUCUCUUGCACCACAAAAUUCAGUUGAGGUGGAUGUGUCAUCUGAUAAAAAUGAUGAUUUAAUGCCAGUUAAAAGUGAUCUGUUGUCAGUUAAAGAUGAAAACAAAGAUGAUUCAGAUGGGACUCGACAUUUCAUGGUGAAUGUUAUUGAGCCGCAAUUCAAUCUUCACUCAGAAGAUGCAAAUGGUAGGUUUCUGCUUGCUGCUGCAAGUGGCCGUGUUUUAUCCCAGUCAUUUCAUUCAGUACUUCAUGUUGGAUCUGAGAUGAUUGAGCAAGCUAUUGGAACUACAAAUGUGCCUAGUGCUGGGUACCAACCUGAAAUGACUUGGUAUAGGAUGGAGAUUUCUGCUAUGUUGGAGCAUGUGCAGGCCCAUGUUGCACCAACAGAUGUUGAUCCAGGAGCUGGAGUGCAGUGGCUUCCAAAAAUCCGUAGAGGCUCCCCAAAAGUAAUGCGAACUGGUGCUCUUCUUGAGAGGGUUUUUAUGCCUUGUGACAUGUACUUCCGAUACACACGGCACAAAGGUGCAACUCCAGAACUCAAGGUGAAGCCCUUGAAGGAGGUCACAUUUAAUUCUCAUAAUAUAACGGCAACUAUGACUUCCCGUCAGUUUCAGGUCAUGUUGGAUGUAUUGACCAAUCUUCUCUUUGCACGCCUUCCAAAGCCUCGAAAAAGUAGCUUAUCAUUUUCUGGUAAAGAUGAUGAAGAUGUUGAGGAGGAAACGGAUGAGGUGAUCCCUGAUGGUAUUGAAGAGGUAGAACUUGCAAAGAUCAACCUUGAACAAAAAGAGAGGGAGCAGAAGUUGAUUCUUGGUGAUAUUAGAAAGUUGUCUUUUUCAUGUGAUGCGUCUGGAGAUUCAUGUCCAGAAAAGGAAGGUGAGCUGUGGAUGAUUGCAUGUGGAAGACCAGUGCUGGUGCAAGGAUUGAAGAGAGAACUUGUAAGUGGGAAAAAAUCUAUGAAGGCUGCAUCUGCAUCAUUAAGGAUGGCUCUGCAGAAAGCUGCACAGCAACAGAUUUCGGAGAAGGAAAAGAGCAGAAGUCCUUCUUAUGCCAUGCACAUAUCAUUCAAAAUUAAUAAAGUUGGUUGGAGCAUGCUGCUUGAUGGCAAAUCUUUUGCAGAAUUUGAGAUUAGUGACAUGAUCUAUGACUUUGAUCGAGAUUACAAGGAUGUGGGUGUUUCUCGGUUUACAGUAAAAUGUUUGGUCAUCAGAAAUUGUCUGCCUAAUGCCAAGUGUGAUAUGCUUUUAUCAGCAUGGAAUCCUCCACCUGAAUGGGGAAAAAAAGUCAUGCUCAGACUAGAUGCAAGGCAGGGAGCUCCAAAGGAUGGAAAUUCUCCCUUCGAACUUUUCCAGGUAGAGAUCUAUCCCCUUAAAAUCCAUUUGACAGAGACAAUAUACCGAAUGAUGUGGGGUUAUUUCUUCCCAGAAGAUGGACAAGAUUCGCAACGCCGGCAGGAGGUCUGGAAGGUUUCAACCACUGCUGGUGCAAGACGUCUGAAGAAAGGUUUGGCAAUCCAAGAAGUUCCUGCUCCUAGCAGUCACUCAACAAAAGAGUCCGAGAUUCCAUCCAAAUCUAGCAUCUCUGCAAUGAUAUUUCCUGUUACAAGUGAGCCAACGGUUCCUGCUGAUUCAACCCAAGCAUCCAAGUUGCAAAAUGUCACAGAAAACCCUGGUACUGGUUCAACCCCUGAGUUGCGAAGAACAUCUUCUUUUGACAGAACAUGGGAAGAAACCGUUGCAGAAUCUGUAGCCAAUGAACUUGUCUUAGAGAGUAUCUCUUCCUCGAAUAAUAGCCCAUUUGGCUCUGUUGAGCAACAAGAUGAAGUCUCUAAGAAUUCAUUAAAAGAUUCCAAAGUUGUCAAAACUGGUCGAUCAUGUGAAGAGAAAGAGAGAAAAGUGGUUAAGUCACAAGAAGAGAAGAGAUCUAAGCCACGAAAGGUGAUGGAGUUUCAUAACAUCAGAAUUAGCCAGGUUGAGUUAUUGGUUACAUAUGAUGGAUCACCAUUUGUUGUGAGUGACCUGAAAUUACUGAUGGAUCAAUUUCACCGAGUAGAAUUUACUGGGACUUGGCCAAAACUCUUUUCACGGGUUAAGAAGCAUAUCAUCUGGGGAGUUCUGAAGUCUGUGACUGGAAUGCAGGGUAAGAAAUUCAAAGACAAGUCCCAGGCUCAGCCUAUUGGAGCCAGCGGUCCUGAAGUUGACUACUCAAGUGACAACGAAGACCAGGCAGGAAAAUCUGAUCAGUACCCAUUUAAGCGUCCAAGUGAUGGAGCAGGUGAUGGAUUUGUAACAUCCGUCAAAGGACUAUUUAAUACUCAACGUCGCAAGGCAAAGGCAUUUGUUCUCCGAACUAUGAGGGGUGAAGAAGAUGUUCGCGGUGAUUGGAGUGAAAGUGAUGUCGAGUUCUCCCCUUAUGCUAGGCAGCUCACAAUUACAAAAGCUAAAAAGCUUAUUAGACGGCACACUAAGAAGUUCCAAUCUAAAAAAGGUUUAUCCGCCCCAACCGAGUUGCUUCCAUCAUCUCCAAGGGAGACGGCUCAACUAGAUAGUGAUUCCUCAAGUGGAUCCCCAAUUGAAGCCGUUAAAAGUUAGAAACAUUUUUCCAAUUAUCUAGAGGAAUUUUUCUCCUCGAGUAUAAAGCACGCUUCAUCCGGACAUUUCAUGACUCUAGAAUGGGAGAAAUAAUAGCUAAUCGUUCUCGAUUGCCAAGUACCUUAGACGAAAGAGUAGAAAGUCACAUCUUCAGAAGGGUACCUAGAAAUCUAGAACGUUAUGAAUGAAGAGUCAUCUCUGUUAAAGGUAUGUGUAUUCUCUGAUGAUGUCAGCCUUGGUCGUUAGUGAUAGAACCCCGUGAUUAUAUCUUCUUUACCAGACUGGAUGAACUCAGCCGCAGCUGCAUAUAUAUUAUCUGUCUCUGGCAUCCGGUACUACUUGGUCAAAUUCGAGUAUUACUGGGAGGCUCCGAAUGGGGGGUUACCUAACUUCUCUGUAGCUUCGGAAAAUUGAGCAUUUUGGGCUUCACAAAUUAGUUAGAAAUAGGAUCUUGCAGGUCGGCUUAUGUAAUAACAAACAUGAUUCGAGAACCCUUCAAGGGUGCGAACUCACGGUGGGAUAAUGCAGGUCCAUUGCAUGGAGAUGAGAUUUUGGAACUUUUAACUAUUCACGCUUAUUAAUAUUAGUCCUCAUUUCCGUAUAUUUCUC